CGCACACACAAGAUGGCGUCAGAGAACGAGAAGCACGAACACUAAGGAAUUUGUUCAGUGGUGUCUGUGUCUGUGAAUUAUAUUGAAGGAAAAAGAGUGUUUUGUUUAUAAAUUUAAUUGCAAAAACUGCACAUCGUCACACGGGGCGCGUGCACACACAUCGGCGCACACGCACACCCACGCCAAGGCGACACCUAAACGCAAAACGGAGAGUGUGUGUUAUCAAUGGAGUGUGUGUUCCCCAACGCCAAGUGAAUUUUUUUCGUUGAGACCGAGGGACGGAAAAAAAUGGCGCCCGCAGCCAGAGCAACUUGACUUUCUUUUCGGUCCUAUAUAGUUAGUAGUUGCUUGCCCCCGUCUCGUCGUCGGCGAGCGAAUUCGGUGAUUUUAUUUCGAUUUCGUCGCAGUGCGAUAUCCCCAACGAAGAAAACAUAACGAAUAAUUGAUGAAAAAGUGCUUGAGAGAGACCCCCCCAAACGUAUUCGAAUUUGUUGUGUACAUUUUGGCUUCGAACACAGCCGCAAAAAUACCAUUACCAAUUUCCACUUACUACUACUAGAGAGGAGGAUAGUAUUUUGUACGUGCUUUAGAAUACAUACAUACAUACCUACAUAUACCACAAGCAAGCGAGAAGUGCAAUUACAUUUGCGUUUGGAAAUUUUGCGCUUUUUUCUCUUCCGUCCUCCCAUCCAAAAAAAAAAACCCCCCGCUCCCCCUCUCUCUCUAUCUUUCUCAACCCGCAUUGUGCUAAAUAAUGUGUGCCGCCCAGAAUCCGCCGCCCUUCGGCUAUACCUGGGGUUUUGCGGACAACGGCAACCGCGCCGCCGAAUCGGUACUGGAGAUAUCGCCCAACAUCAACUAUACAGUCAGCGGGGAGUCGAUGCCCUAUCUACUAUCGACGGAUGGAUCAUUGGCAGUUCAAAAGGAUGUCAAAGGCCUUACAGCUGGCGGCAAAAAUAAUGUCGUUCGUCGUAUGUUCGUCGUAAACGAUCCUUCAUUUCCGCCUGGAACACAAAGAGUUAUCACUGCCGGCGGAGCAUCGACGGUGGUCAAGAAGCAGGACAACAAUCAGCAGGUCCUGAGCCUCGACAAGAACUAUCUGCUAGUGGAUCCGGCCACGGCCGCAGCAGCUGCAGCCGCCGCUGGUGGGGAUUCGGGUCUCGCCCACCACCAUACGUUGACCAAUGGCAGCAUUGUUGAUGCGAAGACCGGACAGACGGUGCUAACCGCCGGAUCUGCGGCGGCCAAGUCGCACUUCAGCUCGAUCGGAGCACUGCAUCUUACGCAAGAGGAGUGCAACGAGAUCCUGAUCAAGCGCGCCAUCGCUGCCGGCCACCAUCAGACGCACACGAUCACCGCUGCCGACGGAUCCCAUCACCAUGCGUCCGGCGGGACACCAAUUCAAGUGCAGAAAGUCAUACAAGGACUGGAGGAUAACGAGGACUCGCAAGGCGAAGCACCCAACCUAAAGUUGGAGCCAGGCACAUUAGAGUUGUCCCCGAAGACCGAACUACAGGAAUCAAUGCAUUUCAGCGAAACGGACGCCACCAUCAAGAAGGAACGCCCGUACAGUUGCGACGAGUGCGGCAAGUCCUUUCUGCUCAAGCACCAUUUGACAACCCACGCACGCGUGCACACAGGUGAACGCCCCCACAUCUGCACCCAUUGCGGCAAGAGCUUCGCGCACAAGCACUGUCUCAACACUCACCUGCUGCUUCACUCCACGGAGAGACCUUAUCAGUGCCAGGAGUGCAAGAAGAGCUUCACCCUCAAGCACCAUCUGCUGACCCAUUCGCGGGUCCAUAGCCGGGAGCGACCAUUCGUCUGCCAGGAGUGUGGACGCGCAUUUCCGCUUAAGCGACACCUGGUCACGCACAGCAAGUUCCACGCCGGCGAACGACCAUAUGUAUGCGAGGAAUGUGGUGAGAGCUUUGCGCAGGAAAACCACCUGAUUAUGCACUCUCGCUUCCACGGUUCAUUGAAUCCAUUUGUUUGCGCCGAAUGCGGAGCUUCGUUUCCACGCAAGUUUCAAUUGGUUAACCACGGACGUAUUCACGGCAAGAUUCCCCAUUCGUGCACCGUAUGCGGCAAAGAGUUUCUACAAAAGCGAACGCUAGUUUCCCACAUGAGGCGGGUGCAUACCGGCGAGCAGGCGCAUCCCUGCGUCAGCUGUGGCGAGGGAUUCCUCACCAAGGCCGAACUGCAUCAGCAUGUGAGGACGGCGCACAAUGGCGUCAAUCCCAACACGAGCAGUGCCACCAUCAUAGCAAAUCAACAGCUACAGCAGGCCCAUCAUCACCAAGCUGGACAGCAAACGCAUCCGCAGACCAUAACCGUGGUGAGCAAUCCGGGCAACUCUACGUUGCUGACUGUAUCCACCACGGAUGCCAAUGGCGUGGCACGACCGCAGUUUGUGUGCCGCGAAUGCGGCAGUGCUUUUAAUAGCCGAGAAGCCUUGGCACUUCACUUGCGCCUUCACACUGGCGACAAGAGCCUAAUGACAGAUCUGUGUGCCUUGACAGCCGCGCUGCCGGGUCACUUCUUGAGCACGGCUAGCCUGAAUCCGGGCACCGUGGUCACGGCCAAUCCGAAUCUGGUGGGCCAGAGCCCUGUGCCAGUGCAGAUCAUAUCGUCCACCGGUCAGGUGAUGUCGCAGACCACGCUGGUGCAGGCCGCCAACUCGACCCAUCCACAAGCCGUGGUCACCGCUGUGCCUACGAUGCCCGUGCAUGGUCAGCAGCAGCAUCUGCAGCAUGUGGCCCAACAGCAGCAGCAACAGCAACAACAGCAGCAACAGCAGCAGCAACAUGUUGUCUCCGUGGCGCCGGCCAACAAACCGAAGUCGCAUUUCUGCGCCAGCUGCGGCAAGGGAUUCGCCGCCAAGCACGGUCUCAUGCAGCACAAUCGGCGUCACCCGAACGGCGGCUGCACGGUGCGCACACACGUGUGCGAGUGCGGCAAGGCCUUCUUCCAGAAGAACCACCUGAUGCUGCACCAGCGCCAGCAUCUGGAGACGAAGCCAGCCAUAUCGCAGCAACAGCUUGUUGUACCAACUACUUCUUACUAAGAAUUAAACGAAACAGAAAAACUGAAAAAAAAAAUGAUAAAUACAACCACAAAUGAACAUUAAAACCUAAUCAAACGAAAAUCAACUCGAGCAACAUCCAUUUGCACAAGCGCACACCCACAUGUUUGAAUGUAAAUUCAAACUCAGAUGCGAGAGGAACUGGAGAUUUUUGAUCCUUUCCGUUCGGAUUUGGGUGAGAUGUGUGUGCACGUGUGCGCGGGUGUGUCUGCCUAUGUGAAGGUGUGUCUGUCUAUGCGUGUCUCUUAUCAAAAUCUAUAAACUAAAAGAAACCCAUAACACUGCAAUGAAUACAAUCUAAUCGUAUAGUAUCAAAUCGAAUUCCAUUCAAAGGCUUCAGUUUGCGCGUUUAGGAGGCCGCCACCCAGCAGCAACUGGCGACUGCCGGCGAGCAGCAGCAGGUACAGGUGCAGAUAAUGCCUGAUGGCCAGAUUCACGGAAAAGUAAUCAAGUACGAGAUCUGUCGCAAUGUAAUGCCGGAGGAUCAGCAGCAGGAGCAGGCGGACAUGAACGCGGAGUAAUUCAGAUAAACUGUAAAUACAUGGGACGUGCAACUGCAACAGCAGCAACACAAAAGUAGCAACAGCAUCAGUAGCAACAUCAUCAGUAGCAACAGCAACAGCAUCAGCGCAUAAUGGGACACCAGCACAGUUGGACGGAGACAGGCAGAUACCCACCAGAAAAAGGUCAUCGGAGUGGGGCGUAUGCAUCGUAAGCGAUUCCCUUAAAUGUAAUAUUUUAGUUAGCCUUACGUUAGCGGUUAAGUGAUCGGAUUGUACACAUAAAUGUUAACUAGCGUUACACACAUGAACACACCUUAUAUAAUAUAUAUAUACAGACAUAUAUAGGUUUACGUAGAGUAUCUGUUAAUUUUUGCGAUGCCUUGGUCGCAUCUAAAACAACAACCUGUAUGAGUUGCAAGUUUUAAAGCGUUACGUUCAAUUGGUUUUACGCAUUACACGAUUUUUAAUAACACAACUUAUACACAAACUUAUAUUCAAAUAGACGAAAAAUAUUUAUGCCUAAGUGUAAACUGUAUACAUAUUAACAUGAAACAUUGACGACUACGGAUAGUACUAGACACUAGCAUGCGUUGCACUUGAAUACGUAACCAGCUGCCGAUCGAAUCCGGACGUGGGUGUUUGCGUGGUCCUCAUCGUGGGCGUGUGCACUUCGUUUCGAAGAGGGGGGAGGGGGGUAUUCCUGCCCAGAAUCGCGUUGGUGCAGCAUUUUUUGAUUGUACAUACAAAAACCGGAGCUCGCUACAAGCCCAAGCGAAUGCAGAACAGGUCCAAAAGAGCGCAGACACUCCAGUCGGAGUCGUCUGGGGUCUGAGGAAUGUGGAGUAGGUGCCUGGCACAAAAACUAGCUAACACAGAUAACCAACACGAGAGGCGGGAGAAAUCUUUAACAUAGGUGACUGCAAUUGUUUGACAACCCAAAAAACACAAUCUAGCAAGCGAGAAGAAACUUAACUUAAAAAUUAUCCAAUGCAAAUAGAACACGAGAAGCAGCUAACAAGAACAGACACUCUUAUAACCGACCCACAUCAUCAUCCAAUGCACGCUUGGCGACGUAUAUCACACUGUAAAAAAUCUACAUUAAGUCUUAGGAGCGAGUUAAAGCAGACGGAACAUAAUUGGUAAUUAUCGUAAUCGGAUAAAUGAAACAAUAAAUAAUGAACCUACACACUAAGCAUAUAUUUUAAUAUGUAAGCCUUAAAGAAAUACAAAAGGAAAAUAUGAAUUAUAAUAAACAAAACAACGUGUAAUUGCAAUCAUUGCUGGCUGCAUUGUUAAUGAACAAAAGUACGUUCACCCUUUUGAAUGUAUUAGGUUGGGUCUUUUAUCUCUAGAUAUUUUUUUAGUUUUCUAUCUCUUGAUAAGAACAGAGCCACAUAUGCCAUUCAUAACAUUAGAAAAGGCUUAGAUAUAACCAUUUUACCAUUUUGUCGUAAAAUGAAUAAAGUUUAAUUUGAAGC